CCAGGAUUUGUGACGACCACAUUGCUCCACAUACAUAAUCAAUCCAAAGCAGAAAUCUUAGCGUAUGCAGUCCAUACUUGCGUACCCGCUUAUGUGAACAGUAGACUCAGUAUCUGACCGCGUCCCGUAGAAACCAGCAGUUUUCGAAUUUAAAUUAGACGACGCGGUUGUGGGACGGUGGUGUUAUUGUCGCGUCGUGCUUAUUGUACUUUCAGCCGGAAUUCACCCUCCUAACCAUGAAAUCCUUCUAUCAGCUUCAUCAUGAACCAAAGGGCAAAAAAGGCCAUUCAGUCGAUUCCGAUGAAAAGCUAGCCUGGUGGUGGGCAAUUCCAAUUGUCUUGGCCAUUAGCUUAAUAAUUGGUCUCACAUUCAUAGCAUUCUAUAAACUACCAGAUCCGAUAAAUGAUAGGUCAAGAAAUGGAAGCUUCAUUGCAUCCCGGGCGAAGGAAGAUCUCCAAGAAUUCGUCGACAUUGGACCGAAGGUAGUGGGAAGUGCUGCUAAUGAACAAACAACUGUCCAAUAUCUGAUGAAAAGGUUAGCCCAAAUUGAAGCAGAUUCGAAUGGCCUUUACGACAUCGAAAUUGAUUUGCAAAAGGCAUCCGGAGGGUUCGUGAGGGAAAAGUUUAUAAACAUCUACGACAAUAUUCAAAAUGUGAUAGUUAAGAUCACGCCAAAGGGUACAAAAUAUACGAAAAGCGUUUUAGUGAACUCCCAUUUCGACACAGUACCAGAUAGUCCUGGUGCUGGUGAUGACGGUUCAAUGGUUGUUGCAAUGCUAGAAGUUCUCAGGAUAUUGACAAAUGCACCAAGUGUUGUGCGACACCCAAUUGUUUUCCUGUUUAACGGUGCAGAAGAGAAUGGCUUACAAGGUUCACAUGCGUUCAUCACUCAACACAAAUGGGCUUCUGAUGUAGCCGCAUUCCUUAACUUAGAUGCAACCGGUACUGGUGGAAAAGAAAUUUUGUUCCAGACUGGACCGAACAGUCCAUGGCUCGUAGAUUGUUAUGCAAAUGGUGCCAAAUUUCCUUAUGCAUCCGUUAUCGGAGAGGAAAUAUUCGAGAGGGAUAUUAUACCAUCUGAUACGGAUUUCAGGAUAUUCCGCGAUUAUGGAAAGAUUCCAGGCCUCGAUUUAGCGUACGCUUAUAACGAUUACGUUUAUCACACGCGCUAUGAUGAUAUUGAUAUGAUCGAAGACGGUACUUACCAACACACGGGGGAUAAUGUUCUGGGAAUAGUACGUGCGAUGGCCAAUGCUGAUGAAAUCGAAGAGAAAUCCGGUGAACGCUCUGAGGGAAAAGCUGUAUUUUUCGAUGUAUUUGGACUUUUCCUGGUAAACUACUCCGAAACGACAGGGAUCAUCGUGAACAUGAUUAUCAGCGUAGCAGCGCUAGUAACGAUUGCAUUGUCAGUUUGGCUUAUGCAGCGAACCGCAGCUAUUUCUGCUCCUGAAAUCCUGAUACAGUUCGGAAUUUCAUUUUGCAUUCAACUAGGCUCCCUUGUCAUUUCGAUAGGGGUCGUUAUAUUCAUGGCGUUUUUCGUGGAUAUUAUUGGUUACUCGCUCUCAUGGUUCUCGCAACCGUGGAUGAUUUUCGGAUUAUACUUCAUUCCAUUCAUAUUCAUAAUGGCGAUAUUCCCUGCCCUUUUCAUGGGAGGAAAAAGAUUUAACUCCUUGCCGAUUCGAUUCCGUAUCACGUUAUUCCUGCACUCGCAUUGUAUAAUGCUGAUCUUGGUAAUUGUUGUUUUGACAGGAUUAUCAUUCCGGACAGCAUUCUUUGUAUCACAAUGUGUGUUAUUCUACACCCUAGCGCAAAUGCUCAAUCUUAUCACCAAAUGGUAUUUGAGGCCUCAUCUAUGGAUUGUUCCGAUUCUAAUUGGACAAGUCAUUCCGAUAUCAUUCAUUGCGUAUAUCAUGGAGAUCACAUUUUCACUUUUCAUACCAAUCAAUGGGAGGAGUGGCGCAGCGAACAACCCAGAAAUGAUGAUAUCCCUUUUUGCGAUAGUAUACUCGGUGCUCAUUUUCGGAUUUAUUAUUCCCAUCUUCAGUAUCUUUCACAAAGCGAAAACAAUGCUUCUGGCUCUAGUCGUCGCCUUCAUAAUUUUUUUCAUUCUGAUGUUUACGAGUGUUUGCUUCCCAUACAGAGCAAAAACUUCAGCACAACGUCAAGCCAUCUUGCACACAAAACGAGUUAUGUAUGAUGCGAACGGUAGCGUGCGAAACGAAGACGCGGGAUUCUACGCCAUAACAUGGGAUCGCCAAGCUGAAAAUACGGUUCAAGAUAUCAUAGACAGAUUGAAAUUGCCACAGCGUGAUGCAAGCAAAGACUGCGGGACUGAACUAUUUUGUGGGUUGCCGAUUUACCAUCCAAUGAUGCUAACUUCCUUAUCGACUGGACUAUGGAUAGAUGCAGUUCCUCCCAAAAUCAAUUCUUUGUCUUCAAUUAAACUCGUUUCGAAAACUAACAUAUCCGGGAACAUCUACCGAUACACGUUCGAAUUAGCAGGAACUAAGCAAAACGAAAUCCUUGUGAAAGGCUUAUCAGAUGCUAAGGUUGUGGGUUGGAGUUUCACGACGAGUGAUACUCCAUCAUUCGACACCGAUGAAUAUUUUAUACACUUACGUUUUGGAGUGGUCCAUGAAACCAAAACUUUCUCACUAGAUAUGAAGGUGGUAAACGCAUCCGCUCCUGCAGUCAUGGUUGGGCUGAUUGCUCAUUACGCCCAAGGCGACGUUGAUCGUCCUCAGGAGUUGGUGGACUUUUCGAAGGAGUUUCCAGAUUGGACGCAUUUACAGAUUGCAGAGGCAACGUACCAAAGUUGGCAGUUUUGAUAGAUCUUAUUGUUUUAUACUUUUUAAUGUCGUUUUAAAUUAAAGGAUUUUAUUUA